UGCUUUAUUCCUUGUCCUAGUGCACUCCCUGCCUCAAGCAGCCCUAUGUAAUUCGGCGUACGGUAUCGCAGCCCUCUGUAAGCAAAAAGCAACUACCCUGCAUCGAGCAUAUCUAUCUUGCUAUGGUCGUCGGGAUCCGUUGACUUUCUUCAUCUCCGGCCGGCGACUCCGAUUGGGCAAAACAGUGAAUCUAAAAAUCUGUAUGCUUGUCAGCCCUGAAUUAUUAUUCCAUCAUCCCAUAAUCUUUUCCCUAAAUUGAACAACCUCAGCAGCUACGGCAACGAUAAGAACAGGAUCAUAUUUGGACAAGAUGAGUUCGGGACAUUCACUUAUACAUGAAAGAUGCACGAUGUUGGAAAGGAAGGUUCCUUCUUUGGUUGAUAUGUGUAUUCAGCUAGCUAUAGAUAACAUCAGACAUCUGGGGGAUGUUGGUGAUACAGGUCUACAUCUUCUUGAACGCAUUUUACCUCACUGUAAAGUCGACCAAUUGAAGCAUAUUGAGGAUUCCACAGAGAGGGAUCUUAGAGCAGUUACUGAUAAAUUAUGGAAGAAGUUUUAUGAGAGAGAAUUUGGUGCGAAUAGCACUAAUCUUGUCUGUGAAAGGAUGAAAGACAAGAAAGUGUCAUUUGAAUGGAAAUUAUUGUAUGAGGCGAAGUUGAAGAAUUUGGAGGAGGCUCAGCAGAAGUCAUUUGAUAGGAUAAAGGAAUUAUACAAGAAAGAAGAUGCUCGGAAGCAAAGUCGGCAAGUAAGGAUAACCACAAAGGUUCCACCUUCAAGCAUUAAACGAAGCUUUUAUGGAGGGGGACCUGGUAGCAAUAUUUCCAACACGAAGAGCAGCAUAAUGAAGAAGUCAAAAUUACAAUUUCUUAACAGUCACGAGGUGACAAAUUUAGCGGCAAUCAAGAAAAAUGGCUUCCAAAAGCGUAACGGCAUCUCUUCCAUGAGGAAACAAGGUGUCUUGUCUGGAAAGGAUUCUGCUUCAACUUCCAAGCCAAUAGGGAGGAGAUUUUAGAGGACUUGCGAGUUGGGGUAAUACCUGUUAGAGCAAGCAAUAUGGGAUGGUAAUGGUACGUCUGUUUGUGCCACAAUUCAACCGGAACACAGAGUUUCAUAAUGUUCAUGUUCAUGUGCAUUCUGUAUUCUUGCUUUUUAGCCAAAGAAAAAUGAUAAAGAUCAGAUGUUGAUGUUAUCAGCAACAGAUCACAAUGUAUGAUGGAAAUGGUGGUUGUCAUUUAAUAGUCCAAUUUUUAGAUUCAA